UAAAUCCCGUCGGUCCUCCGCAGCCUCCCCAGCUCCGGAAUUUCUCUGCCAUCAACUCUCCCUUACCUCGCUACUUUUCCUCUCAAUCUGCCAUUGUGUUCUUCGUCUUCGAUUUUUGAGUAUCUGGUAAUUAUUAAUUGGAGCGUUUUUCUUCAGAUUUAUGUGUUAUUCUUGGUUCCCAAAGCUGCAAUUUUUAUUUUCUGGCUGCGGCGGGGAUUCAAGCGGGAGCUUCGCCGGUGACGGGUCAGAUUCCGUAGGAUUUAGGCGGCGAAAGUUGGAGGAUUGUGGUUUUUGGGAGGUGGACUGGCUUGUUUGUUUUGGUUGCUCCUUUUGGAUUUGAUUCGCGGAUUUGGGAAUUAGGGUUUGGUGGCGUUGUCAACAUGCCGAGGAGUUCUCGCCACAAAUCGCACCGGUCUCAUAAGCAUAAUAGCCGGGAUGCGACGGAGCGUUCCGAAUCUGAGGAUGAUGGGAGUUCGAGGAAUCGUAAGUUGAGAUUGGUGGAAGCUGGCCCUGGUUCUGGGGCUAGGGUUUCGAGGAAUGUGGAGGCGGAGAAGAGGAAGGCUUCUUCUUCGCCACAGGCGUUUAUAAAGAAGGACAAGGGUAGCUCUGAAAAUGGAGAUUUCUCAUCAGGCAGGAAAAGGAAAGAGAGAGAGGAGGACUCUGCUACACCUGAUAGGUGGAAUGGCAGCGGCAAGGAUAAUGGGUUGCCCGAGAAGGUUUCUAAAGAGGAGACUCUUGGGCAUGUGGAUUUGGAGAAAGUAGAGAAGUCAAAGCUUUUGACUGCUGAAUCCAAGAGCAGGUCUAGUCGAAGGCGCGAGGGUUCUACUGAGAGUUAUGUGGAGAGUGGCAACAGAACUGACUCAGUGAAGAGGAGGUCGGAAAAGGAGCACGCCAGAAGAGAAUAUAGGGACGACAAAGAGAAGGACAUUGAUCGCCCUUUAGAGAGGGAAAAGGACAGAGAACGUGUGGUAGAGAAAGACAAGAAAGUUCAGGAUUCCAGGCAUGGGAGGUCUGAUGAUGUCGAGAGCAAGAGCCAACGUUCCAGGAGGGGGCCUGCUGAGGUGGAUUGGAAUGCUAAAAAGGAUAGUACUGAAAGACAAGCUCGAGAUGAUUUACACAAUGCAGAGUUUGAGAAAGAUCCUGAAGCAUUUAUGACAAAGAGGAGAUGCAGCUCUGAUGGCAAUGAGAAAGGGCUGGAUGAUGGUAGAAACAGUGAUGAUAGGAGGUUAUCUUCUAGGGAUGAUUACAUCAAGAAUGGAAGCCAUAAAGUUGAGGUGCUCAAGGAUGAACGGUAUAAAUAUGACAGGUAUCGGGAUAAAUACUACAAGGAUCUUGAUAGGAAUCAAAGGCAUCGUGAUAGCAGGCAUAAAGAUGAGCGCUCUUCCAGAGAUUACAUCAGUGACCGGCCUGAGAGUAAAUCUGUCAGAGACAGGGAGAAGUAUUUUGAGAGUUAUAAGAAAAGUAGGCUUCAUGGAAGUGACCGUGAACUUAGUCCACAUGCUGAUGAUCAUGGAAUCAAAUCAAGGGGUAGCAGGCUGCAGAAAAGGUCCUCCUAUGAUGAAAUUGAUGAUCAUUAUGGCUUGAGAAAAAUAAGUACCAAGGAAUCACGUUCUAAUGUAGAUAAGGAUGCAUCAAAUUCAAGUAAAUUUGAUUAUCGGCAUCAAGGCAAGGUUGAUUCUUCCUUAAACAAUACUCUUUCAAGGAGUUCUUUGAGCCCAAAGGCGCAUAGUUCGAAAGAUCAAACCAGACGAGGCGGAAAGCUGGCAGAAUAUACACAUGGAGAACCAUUUUGUGGUGAUAGACCUUGCCCUACUGAAGACCAUGAUAAAAUUUCAGUAGUUCGUGAGAAUGUCUGUGAACCUCUUUCUUCAGAAAGGGCCCAGCGUAGAGAUCGAGUAAACUCAGAAUUCUCCAUUGCAGAUGACAGAGAACGCCAAAUGGUUUUAGAGAGCCCAACUAUGGAAAACAAUUCUCAGGCAGAUUUGCAGAUGCCCGAGGGCGCUUCUGCUAGCCCCAGCCCCUCACUUUUUAAGAGAACUAAUCAUUUCCCAGCCAGCUCACCUGGUCAUCUUGUUCCUCCGCCCCCAAGACGUGGGAUGGACAAUUCUUCCACUUAUGAGGAUGAUAUGAGAAUUACAUCUGGGGAUUGUAGAUCCAACGGCCGGUACAGAAGUUGUGAUCCAAAUAUGGAAAGAGCGCAGGGAGGCGCUUGGAAAAAUGGUCUAAAUUGGUCCGCUCCGCUUCCGAAUGGUUUCAUCCCAUUCCAGCAUGGCCAUCCUUCUCCUGGGUUUACCAUCCAGCAUUUUCCUCCACCCUUAUUUGCUGCGAGGCCAUACCCGGAGAUAAAUCAAACUGGGAUUCCAUAUCAUAUUCAUGAGGUCGCUGAUCGGUUUCCUGGCCAAGGGCAUCCAUUUGGAUGGCAUCAUCAUGUAGAUGACUCCUGUCCACCUCAAAUCCAUGGGUGGGAUGGUGGUAAUUCUCUUUUUGGUGACAAAUUGCAAGCUUAUCGGAGGCCGGAUUGGAAUCGGAAUAGGCAUUUAACGGGUGGACGUGGUUGGGAUUUGAAUGCUGAGAUAUUGAAGGGGCAGAGUUCAAGCAUUGCUGAGUUUUCUUCUCCUCAGGAGCAAACAGAUGAAUCAAAGGGUGCAUAUCCUAACCUGGAAUCUAACAAUGGAGUUGAGAACUUGAGAAGUGCAUCAGAUGUUGCUGCUCAUGUGAAGCAGUUGAAUGAUCCUCCAGAUAAUAAAUCUGUAGAAGCCUGUCUAGAAACAAAACUGAAAAGGACUUCUCAGUUUGGGAAAAAGUUCAGUGGUGACAGCCUCAACUUAUGUAAUUACUUCUCCAAAAUUGAAAUUUCAGCAGAUCUUUUGCACCCCGAACUGUAUAAAGAGGUCAAGGAUCUUUUGGCAUCUGUUAACUUUACUGACAUUUAUAAUGUUUCAAAGGAUGAAGAUGCUAAGAAAAAUAAAAUUCAAAAUUCUCGAAAGUUUCCAAACCUAAGAAGCUCUCUGCUACCGGCUGCUGCUGAUGCUACUUUUAAGAGAGCUAUGUCAGUUUAUGAGAAGCAAAGCUGUAGAAGGCAAUUGAAGCCGCCUGCAGCAGCCAUUACUUCUCUUCCCAAAGAACCUUCAACUGCUAAUGACAAUAGUGCUGCCACUCUAAUGGAAGAGGAUGAUCACAAAUCUAUUACUGGCGAUGCCGAUAGUUCACUUGUUCACAUUGAAGUGGAACAGGUUGAAAAGCAAUCAGAUCUAAAUUCUGAUGUUGAUAUUCUGGAAAGUUCUCAGACAUCUGAGGCUAUUAUGCCAGUUUGUAAGGUAAAUUUUAUUCGGAUACAUAACUCUACUGAAAAUACACAUUAAACCUAAAUCUUCUUCCCUUCCCUGUUUUCUGAAAUGCCAUUGGAGGCAUUGGCCCUUCAGUUCUGGUUGCUCAAUUUUCUGCUUGAAUGAAACUUUGCCUAAUCUGCUUGCAGGUUGAGCAUAUUUAGCUCUGAGUUUAGUA